AUGAAGGAAGAAGUGAAGGGAACUCCUGUAAGAGUGGCAUUGCGUUGUCGCCCUCUGGUCCCUAAAGAAAUUAGCGAAGGCUGCCAGAUGUGCCUUUCUUUCGUGCCUGGGGAGCCUCAGGUGGUAGUUGGUACAGAUAAAUCCUUUACCUAUGAUUUUGUGUUUGACCCCUCUACUGAACAGGAAGAGGUUUUCAAUACAGCAGUAGCCCCUCUCAUAAAAGGUAUAUUUAAAGGCUACAAUGCAACAGUCCUGGCCUAUGGGCAGACUGGUUCUGGAAAAACCUAUUCAAUGGGAGGUGCAUACACCGCAGAGCAGGAGAAUGAACCAGCAAUUGGGGUCAUUCCUAGGGUAAUACAACUGCUCUUCAAAGAAAUUGAUAAAACUGACUUUGAAUUUACUCUGAAAGUGUCUUACUUGGAGAUUUAUAAUGAGGAAAUUGUGGAUCUUCUAUGCCCAUCUCGUGAGAAAGCCUCUCAAAUAAGCAUCCGGGAGGAUCCUAAGGAAGGCAUAAAGAUUGUGGGACUUACUGAAAGAACAGUUCUAGUUGCCUCCAACACUGUUUCUUGUUUAGAACAAGGCAACAACUCUAGGACUGUGGCUUCCACAGCUAUGAACUCCCAGUCCUCCCGAUCUCAUGCCAUCUUCACAAUCUCCAUAGAGCAAAGGAAGAAAAAUGACAAUAGUAGUAGCUUUCGCUCCAAGCUGCAUCUCGUAGACCUUGCUGGAUCAGAAAGACAGAAGAAAACCAAGGCAGAAGGGGAUCGUCUAAAGGAAGGUAUUAAUAUUAACAGAGGCCUCUUAUGCCUGGGAAAUGUAAUCAGUGCUCUUGGAGAUGACAAAAGGGGUAGGUUUGUGCCCUACAGAGAUUCCAAGUUGACUCGACUGCUUCAAGACUGUCUAGGAGGUAAUAGCCAUACACUUAUGAUAGCCUGUGUGAGUCCUGCUGACUCCAAUCUAGAGGAAACAUUAAAUACCCUUCGCUAUGCUGAUAGAGCAAGAAAAAUAAAAAACAAACCUGUUAUUAAUAUUGACCCCCAGACAACUGAACUUAAUCAUCUUAGGCAACAAGUACAACAGCUACAGGUCUUGUUGCUACAAGUCCAUGGAGGUACUUUGCCUGGAUCAAUAAAUGUGGAGUCAUCGGAGAAUCUGCAAUCUUUGAUGGAGAAGAACCAGGCCCUGGUAGAGGAGAAUGAAAAACUAAGUCGUGGUCUCAGCGAGGCAGCUGGUCAGACAGCCCAGAUGUUGGAGAGGACCAUUUUGACAGAGCAAGCAAACGAAAAAAUGAAUGCUAAGCUAGAAUUGCUCAGGCAGCAUGCAGCCUGCAAACUGGAUCUUCAAAGGCUGAUGGAGAGUGUGGAAGACCAGGAACUACAAGAAAAUGUAGAGCUAAUUCGUAACCUGCAACAGGUGAUUGCCCAGCUAUCAGAUGAAGCUAUUGCCAUUGAGGUGGAAUCACAAGCUCAAGUGGAAAACAGUGCAGAGAGCAACAGGUCACCUGAGGUUUUCACCACUCAACACGCUCUGCGUCAAGCUCAGCUGUCUAAGGAGCUGAUGGAGUUGAAUAAAGCCCUGGCACUGAAGGAGGACCUAGCUAGAAAGAUGACUCAAAAUGACAGUCAACUGAAGCCCAUUCAGUUCCAGUACCAGCAUAACAUUAAAAGCCUAGAAUUAGAAGUCAAAAAUCUGCAGAAGGAAAAGGAAGAUUUGGUUCUUGAACUUCAGACAGCAAAGAAGGAUGUCAACCAAGCCAAGAUGAGUGAACGCCGCCGCAAACAUCUCCAGGAGCUGGAGGGCCAAAUAAGUGAUUUGAAGAAGAAACUAAGUGAGCGGUCCAAACUUCUGAAAUUGAAGGAAUCCACAGAACAUACUGUCUCCAAACUGAACCAGGAGAUACAAAUGAUGAAAAAUCAACGAGUACACUUAAUGCAUCAGAUGAAAGAGGAGGCUGAGAAGUUUAGACAGUGGAAACAGCAGAAAGACAAAGAAGUAAUCCAGUUAAAAGAAAGAGACCGUAAGAGACAAUAUGAGCUUCUCAAACUUGAAAGAAAUUUCCAGAAACAGUCCAGUGUGCUCAGACGUAAAACUGAGGAAGCAGCAGCUGCCAAUAAGUGUCUCAAGGAUGCUCUCCAAAAGCAAGUGGAGGCUGCAGAUAAAAGGAAAGCGACUCAGAGCCGUGGCAUGGAAGGUAUUGCAGCUCGAGUGAAGAACUGGCUUGGAAGUGAAAUUGAGGUUAUGGUCAGUACGGAGGAAGCCAAACGCCAUCUGAAUGACCUUCUUGAGGACAGGAAAAUUCUAGCUCAGGAUGUAGCUGAACUCAAAGAGAAAAGGGGAUCUGGGGAGAAUCCACCUCCUAAACUCCGGCGGUGCACAUUCUCACUCGAGGAGGACCCAGGUCAAGUCUCAGAGGCAGAAGAUUCGAUUAAAAAGCAGAUUGAAAGUCUGGAGACUGAAAUGGAACUCAGGAGUGCUCAGAUUGCUGAUCUACAGCAAAAGCUCCUAGAUGCAGAAAGUGAAGACAGGCCAAAACCACACUGGGAGAACAUUGCUACAAUUCUGGAAGCAAAAUGUGCUCUAAAAUACUUGGUCGGAGAGCUGGUCUCCUCCAAAAUACAGGUCAGCAAGCUUGAGAGCAGCCUGAAACAGAGUAAGGCCAGCUGUGCUGACCUGCAGAAGAUGCUGUUUCAGGAGCAAAAUCAUUUUGCUGAGGUAGAGAUGGAGUUAAAAGCAGAGCUGGUCAAAGCGGAGCAGCAGCAGCAAGAGAAGGUGCUCUACCUUCUCAUCCAGCUGCAGCAGAGCCAAAUGGCAGAGAAGAAGCUGGAGGAGUCAGUGAGUGGAAAGGAGCAGCAGCUGCUAAGCACAAUGAAGUGUCAGGAUGAAGAACUUAGUAAGAUGCAAGAAGUGUGUGAACAAAAUCAGCAACUUCUUCAAGAUAAUGAAGUCAUCACAAAGAAACUGACCCUCCUCCAAGUAGCCAGCAGACAAGAACCUCAUCUUCUGAAGGAUGUCCUUCAAUGUCCAGACUCUUCCUUUGAAUAUAUCCCACCUAAGCCCAAGCCUUCCCAUGUUAAAGAAAAGUUCCUGGAGCAAUGUAUGGGUAUUGAGGAUCUAAAAUACUAUUCAGAGCAUUCUGUGAGUGAAGAUACAGAUGGUGAUACUGAUGGUGACAAAGAGGAUGAUAAGGAAUGGAAGCCAAUAAAACUAGUUAAGAUGUCCAGGAAGACCACCCAAGGGUGUUCCUGCAAAGGCUGGUGUGGGAAUAAGAAGUGUGGGUGCAGGAAGCAAAGGUCAGAUUGUAGUGGGGCCUGUAGCUGUGAUCCCACAAAAUGUCAGAACCGCCAGCAAGGCCGGGAGAACUUUAGUACUGUUGAGUGGACCCAGGAUGCUGAGGGCUCCCUAAAACUAGAGGAUCCCACAGAGGUGACCCCAGGAUUGAGCUUCUUCAACCCAGUCUGUGCCACUCCCAAUAGCAAGAUCCUGGAAGAGAUGUGUGGUAUGGAUCAGGUGCUAUUAAAUAAGACUCCUCUUGGUCUCUCCUUUGGCCUCCAAAGACUAAAACAGACAGCAACAGAAUCCCAAGAAAAUAAGGCCCCUGGGAAGAAAAAGAAGAGAGCUUUGGGCAGCAAUACCAGCUUCUUCUCUGGUUGCUCUCCUUAGUAAAAAGAUGCCCACUGA